AUGCCUACUCCUCCCACCAUAACCACCUCCACCAUCACCACCACCCCCGACGGCAGCACAACCCUCCACCUCACCACCCGCAACACCGCCCACCCCACCACCCCCUCCCUCAUCCUCCUCCACUACUGGGGCGGCUCCCCCACCACCUGGUCGCCCCUCCUCGACACCGCCGCCGGGCCCCUCCCCCCGAGCACCACCCACAGCGUCGCGUACCACGCGCGCGGGUGGGCGCCGUCGACCGGCCCGGCCGACCCGUCCGCCUACGGCACCGCGCACAUGUCGGGCGAUCUCGCGUGCGUCGUGCGGGCCGCAGGCUUUGAUGACGACGAGAACGACGAGAACAACAACAACGCCGGCUUCGUCCUCGUCGGGCACAGCAUGGGGGCCAAGGUGGCGAUGCACUACGCGGCGACGGCGCGGCCGCGGCCGCGGGGCCUGCGGGGGAUGGUGCUGGUGGCGCCGGCGCCGCUGCGGGGCGGGCUGCGGCUGCCGCGGGAGGAGAAGGAGAGGCAGCGGGGGGCGUAUGCGAGCGCGGAGGCGGUGCGGGCGGUGCUGGAUGACGUGUUGACGGCGGGGGGGUUGCAGGAAGAGGUGCGGGAGCGGUGCGUAAGGGAUUCGAUGAGGGGGGGCGAGGCGGCGACGAGGGCGUGGGUGGAGUAUGCGGCGGAGGAGGACUUUGGGGGGUUGGAGGGGGGGAUCGAGGAGGGGUUGCCGGUGUUGGUGGUCCGGGGGGAUGGGGAUUUCGAGAGGGGGAUCGUGGGGGAGUUGGGGGUGGAGAGGGGGUGGAGGAAUGAGGUGGUGGAGGGGUGUGGGCAUUUGGUGCCGUUGGAGAAGCCGGAGGUGCUCGGGAGGAUGAUUGCCGAGUUUGUGGAGGGGUUGCCGGGGCGUAAGUGA